UCGUUCUGAGCAUAUCGCAGUCGUGAGAGUCUCGGCGUGUAAUCGAGUACUCGUCAGGAGUACAGCUUCCACUACCACCGGUCUAGAACGUUGAGUAGAAUUACGUGGCCGCGUGGCAAAGAUUAUUGUUUGCAACAGCAAUCGUUACCUUCAUCCAUUCUUUGCCUUUAUAAUAUCUCGUCAUCCAAUAAUCCGAAGGAGAAAAAAGUUCUUCGCAUUUAAUAAGCACUGUUUUAUUUCUCGAUAUAAACAUGGCCACGAAAUACGAGAGUUCAUCAAGCACAACAACGAAGAAGACUCCGAAAAACUAUUACGUCUGCUCGGAAUUGAAAUUUCUGCAAGUGGUCAUGGUGCAAAGUUCAUUGGGUCAGACAAUACUGAAACUUAUGAACAACUUUCUAUGGACCGUGGAGAAGUGUGCGGAAUGGAGCCUAUCUGAUCAGGAGAUUGACCUCGAUGAAGACGAGAAUAAGAAAAAAUCGGGACUCGUGAGACCGUUGCCGUGGAUUUUAUUCUUGCCGAGCUUGAUAAUACUACGUAUACUUAGGAUGACGGUAAACGCAGGCGCUUUGCUAAUUGGUUACUCCCAAGUUACCCCGAGUGGAUUGGUAAAAUUUCUGCAGAUAAGCCGCAAACGACUGAAUGACGUAAAGAAAAGCGGGAUGAAGGAGAAACAAAAUAAGGAUGAAAGAUCGUCGAUGAACGAAGCCAGAAAAGCCCUUAUCAAAUCUAUUCGUCUGACCUUAUCGAGCUUGUCUUGUUUGGAUAUGUCCAAACCCACCCCAUCGCCACCACCUACUAAAAUUCACGUUAGUAGUGUUCUCGAUCCCGAUGCACCAACAACAACAACAUCGGAAGAAAAAUCAGCGACGGAAUCAACAGAUGCUACGGAAAAACAAGAAAACUUGACAAGUUGCAGUGAAUCGUCCUCCUCCGAGGACGAAAAGAAUGAGGAGGAAGAGACUCUAAAAGAGAAGAUCGAUCGACUUGCCUUGGAAAGUAGCGAUGAAGAUGAAGAUUUCGAUCCGGCCGAUUGCAGCAGUUCGAGCAUCGACAAGAGCAACGAGGAGGAUGACGACGAUAACGUCAACGAUGGUAACGUGUCGUCCACUGAGCUUUGCGAUAUCGUUAAAGAAGCUAACGUGCUGUUUAAUAGGACAACAGCAAUGCAAAAUGAAAUCGAGAAGUUCCAGGCUAGCGAGCGGGCUGCCGCGCAAGUUUGCGACCAGAGAUUGCUCGCCGAAGAGAGCCGCGAUAAGGUAGAGGAGCACCUUUUGCAGUCCACGACUAUCGACUCGCCCACGUGUUGUACGCCCGACAGGUCCAGCCAGGAGGGCGAUUCGAUCUUCUACUCACCGAUCAGCUCAGACAGUGACAAGGCGUCAAUCGCCGAGAAAUGUGUCUCGAGAGAUUCCCUAAAGGCGAACAAGUUUGCCAAUGAUGAAAUACAUUUCAUCUCAACAUCAAUGAUUUCAGAGACGUCGAAGACGUCCGGAGAGACCAACAAUGGCGCGAUCGUCGAGAAACGCAGCACAAACGUGAGUAAAUGUCACAAGGGUAAACGCACGAGUCACGGCAAUCGCAAAAAAAAAUAAUCAACGAGAGGAAGAAAGAGAAAGAAAAAGAGGUCGGGAAAGAAAAAAACAAAAGCUUAAAGUUUCUCUUCGGAAAGAAUCAAUUAUUAUCAAUGAUACAAUAUCAUGCGCCAUAUCGAACGUCAUCGAUAGUUACGCAAUUGUCGAGGAUUAAGUAUGAUUUGGAAUAAGAGAUAUCUCUGUUCGAGCGCUCGCAGUCGCCGAGAUAUAAAGAUAUCUCGAGCUAUCGGUAUACAUUCUUGUAUAAAAUUUUCAUCAUGAAAUUGUCGAGUUAUCUUAGUUACUCGGAAAUUAUUAUUCGUAGAAAAAUGAUUCAAAAAAUCAAGAUAUUUCGUUCAAUUUUUUGAUAUUUUUUGACGUCUCUUUCUCUUUAUUAGAAUAUUUCGUUCAAACUCAAACCAAUUCAAAGCUGUCAUUAUCGUGCUCUCUUGAACACACAAUUGCGCCUUCUCUCUUUCAAGAAUAAUUACAGUUCACACGCGAAAUGACAGAAAAAAAACGAUAAAUGUUCAUGAGCAGUUUAUGCGUUUGAAAAGUGUAUUUGCUCGAGAAUAACACUGUCGAGGUAAUAUUCAGAUACGAUGGAGAAAUUAAUUUAACGAUUAUCGAUCACGGAGCGCGAUCUCGAUUUGAAAUUCUUGAUUAUUUUUACACGAUCCAGCGAUAAACUUCACUCCCGAUUUUGAUGGAAACUUUUUCUAGACAAAUGACAACGAAUACGAUUGCCUCUAAAUUAUAGCAGUGUGUUCAAAGUACGCACCAAACAUUAUCGUACUUAGACAAAACAUCGUGUCUAUCUCGGCGAUUAUGUAAUUGUUGAUGGUAAAUUAUGCGUAUUUUGUUUCUUCGAUAAUGUAAAAGGCAAAAGGCAUGUAUGAAAAUGUGACUAAAGUCUACGCGUUAUCUUUAAAACUGUUGCUUGAAACUGGUUUCCUUGAAUAUGCAUUCGUUUAUUUAUAACAACUUUCAUGCACACAGAGAAAUGAUUGUUACGUCUUACAUUCCAUCGCUAAUAGAUAUAAAACAAAUUCAAUUUUAAUCAAUGAUUAUAUCUCGUACAAUAUGUCCAAACUUUUCAUCCUUUCUUUAUAUGUUAAAAAAAGACUACGAAAUAAAUAUACAAAAUAAUUUAUAUU